GGGCUAUCUCGUCUAAUCGUUUCGGUGUUGACCCCUCAGCUCCGUGACUCUUGACUAUAUCGAGGAGCAUUGGGGAAGGCCAUCCUGUGAACGUAGGCAACCAGCUACGUAUGAGCGGAGAGCAGGCGCUGAGUGUUGUCUUAUUUUUCAUACCAAACCACACUACAGCAUGACAAAUUCAUCAUCGUUGUUUUGCUAACAAAACACAAAAUUUGUUGUGAAAUGUUGGAACACAUUUUUCGUUGUCCUUAAUUUAUCUUGAAACCUGUUGCCAUUUUUUUUUCAACCGAGUCUUUUGAGGUAUUUACAAAGGAAGAGCUGAAAACUUGGAGGGUCUGCCUUAGGUAGCUCUUAUAAAGGUUAUAGUCCUCUAUGAAGCAGAAGCCACGACGUUAAUAUUGAAAACCUGUACUCAUAUCAUUGAUUUUCUUUAUUCUGUUUCCCCAGUGUGCGGGAACAGUUUUCUGUUAUUUAUCAGUUUUAUUUACUGGUAGGGCCAUGCUCAGAUGCAAGUUGCUCUAAUUGACUUUUAAAGCAAGCAUGGAUGAAAAGGGGUCUGGAUCCUGUCAGUCGUCCUUUCAAGGGCUUCAGGAGAAAAAUGACAAAUGGCCAGCCUCGAAACGAAGAAAAUCGGAUGUGUCUUCCACUUCUCAAGAUAUGCUUCAAGAUCCUCAAGGAGUGCUAGACUGUGAAGGCAAUAUAGAAGAAAAUUUAGAAUCAGAUCCAUUGACAGUCAAUGACUUAUUCGAUGAACUGCUCCAGAAAAUUUUUUCGCAUUUCUCUGCUUUGGAUCUCUAUGGAACUAUAGCCAAAGUCUGUGUACGGUGGGAACGAAUUGCUAAAGAUCCAUGUACACUGAAUAAGACUCAGCUUUUUCUAGAUGACAAAGACCAGACACUCUACAUGGAAGUUUUGAAAGAAGCUCCCUGUAUUGGGGAAGUGUAUAUAUUACCAUCUUAUCCACCCGAUGCUAUGAAUUACCUCAUUCGAGGACCUACCGUCAGGAAACUUGUAAUAAUUGCAGAGUCAGAAUGGUAUCGCAACUGGCCCACCCCAGCAGACUUGAUUGCCCUUCUUGCACAUAAUAAACUCACCCUACAGCAUUUAAGUAUGCAGGUAGAUAGAGAAUUAAUUCAAUCCCAUAAGUCCAAGGACUCAACUGAUGGGGUCUCUUUCCAAUCUCUGAUAGCAGGAAUGAAGCGCCUUUCCCAUCUUCAUUUGGUUGGAGAGUAUUGGCGAGACUGGGACGAGUGGGAUUUGAGUCUGGAGCAUCCUCAUUUGCGGACUCUGAAGAUUGAUAGCCUCAGUUUUAUUUCUGAUGAAUGUCCAUUUAUUCGUGAUCUCAUAAUGUUAUGUAAACCUACCUUAAGAGUUCUUUGCUUGCCAUGCCAGUUGCCUGACGAUGCCAGUUCCUUACUGAAUGCUGGUGUUUUCCAGGGAUCACUAGUAGAAGAGUUAAUGGUCAGCACUGGCUGCCUCAGAGUUGUGUCACAAAUGCCCCAUCUCAAAAUUUUGGCAGUGUCAGACAAUGGCAAGGAAGAUGGAGAUUUGAAAUGGUUUAAGCAAACACCGAUGCUAAGUGGUGUUUGGAAAUUAACUUUACAGAGUCUCAUGGAGACAGAAGGCGAAAGGCAGGGAUUUGUAUGGCAUUUGCUUUCGAAAUUCAACAAUGUACGGGAGUUUUGGGGCCUUGAGUCCUGUAUUGAGGAAGAAACUUUUAAUAUGUUUUUAAGAAACAAUGCAUUUCUGGCAGAAAUGCAUUUUUUUGACUUUGCAGGUUUUGAUAAUCCAAAUCAAGUUAAACUGGUUGAAAACUUUCUCCCGAAUCUUAGUUUGCUUGACGUGUCCCUUACCCAAGUAUCAGAAGAAAUGUAUUCAACACUUGACAGCUUUAAUAAAAGGAAACCAAAUCUGAAAAUUGUGCUUGGAGAUGAUUUGGAAACGGAAGUAAUACGACCAUUUACAGAGGGGUUGUAAGUUAAGGUGGUUGGUUUCCAAGCUUUAUUUAUUAAAUUUGAAAAAGGAAGAAAAGGAUGAUAAGAAUAUAACAACAUAUUAAGAAUUUGAGCUUGAGACAAUUCAGUGCAAUUUUAUCUCGUCAAAAUGCAAAUAACACUGCUGAAUGUACUGAACAUUCCAAGCACAAAUUUUCUGAAGACCUAUCAGAAGUGGGAGAGACUAGCAUAAUGUUUAUACUUGCAUGUAACAUCACAACUUUGUGUACUGAUCACAAUAUCGGUUCCCUUCUCAUUGUAUUUCUCCUGUCUGCCAUUGGCAAAGCACAAGUAAAAGGGAAAAAUAAAGGAUAAGUUUGUUAACA